AUGGAGCAAUCUCUUCGACUUCUCCUGACAAGUAACACGAAAAUCACAGAACAAAGUCUGUUGAAUGCCUAUAAUAAGCUUACUUCACCAUCCUCUACAGGUUUUUCUUCAGAUUUGUUCAUAUUACUUGCAGAAAGACUAUUUGAUUUGCCACCUCCAAUUCAAAAGCAUAUUGUUGAUAAGGCCGAGAAUAUGGUGUUGGCGUAUAAUCGUUUACAAGAACCAAUGAACCAAUUUCAAGUUCGUGCACAAAUAAUUCAAUCAUUAAUCAACAAUUGGAGAGGACAACAACAUCGUGGACAAGCUGCAAUUGAUUUAAAUCUCAAAGCAAUCGAUUUUAUUACACGUGCACUUAAAAGUAUCCAAUCAACAACAUUAUAUCAACCAUUAACUCUUCGUGCUGUUUUCACAUUCUACCAAAUCUCUCUUCCAUUCUUCCCAUCCGAAUUACGUCAUUAUUUGCAAACAGCAACCCCAAUUGCGCUUCAACUUCUCGAAACUCAAUUAGUAACUGGAGAAUUUAACAGUACUACUCGUCUUUACGUUGCAUUAUCCUUAUUGAAUGGCUGUUUGCUUGACGACAACCAAAAAUCUGAUGACGCUUCUAAGCAAAUUCAAAAAGUUUUUACAAUGAUACCAGCCGACAAUUUAAUGCUCAAAUUCUCAUUACUACACCUCCUUACGCACUUCUCCCGUAAGUCUCCAGGUGGUUUAUUGAAAGUUAAGAUGGAUAUGAAUGAUCAAUUACAAAAAGCAGUUAUUUUAUACCAAGGAGCCAGAUCCAACAAUCAGACACAAACUAAAGACCUUGCAGAAGCCUUUAAGAUAUGUACGACCUUCUUAGAUACGAAGAAAGACGUUCCAGAAGAAACAGCUUGUUUUGAAAUUUUGUCAGGCGAAAUUGGCCGUCUUGCAGCCCAAUUUGGACAGACACAAUUAGCCCAAGAAUGUGCACAACGUGCUUCCGGAGCCCGUGCAGCAUUAGCACGUAUCCAUGCCAUUCUAAUUAAUGCACAACUUGCUUUAGACCAACAAAUGUCUCCUGAUGAAAUUGCCGAUGUUGUUUCGACAUGUGCACAUUGUAUGUCACUUGCACAAGCACAAGGAGACACAGUAUUAGUACAAGAUGCAGCUGCAAUGCUUUGGUCACAUUCAUUGAACGUUUUACAUCGUCCAGGAUUGAUAAAACGACAUCUUUUGACAGCUGUUGAAAUUCUUUCGAGAAUCGGAAGCCAAGCGAAUUUAAUGCGAUCAGAAAUGCAUUUCGCUUUGGCAAAGAUCUUCGAAGCUGAUAGGGAUAAUCUCAAAGCAUUAGAUCAACUCAAAAAAGCAAUUGCUUUGGAUUAUCUUUCCAAUGACCAUCCAACAAAACUUCAGCAUCCUUUCGACAGAUUUUUGUUCCCUUUCUACAAAAUGCUGAGUGUAAACUUGGACUCUUUCGGACAACAAGUUGAUCUGUUCGACAGAGCUUAUGCCCCUAUCGCACAGUCCAGAAGACCAACUGUUUCUUCUCUGAACCAAUCAUUGGAAAUAUUGAACGCCAUCAAACCAGAAGACACUCAAAAGUUCGAUGCAGUAGAAGCAGCACAUUUCGCAGGUGUUUGGUCUGAGUUGAUUAAAUCAGCAUCGCAAAGCCAAGUACAAAUUGCUGUUGAUUCUUGUAAAACUUUUUUGAGUUUCGAGUUUGAUAACGUUCAAUAUGAUGCAGCUGUUGAAAUACAAUGUGAAUCUGUUGUUCCUGGAAUCACAUCAGCAAUUGCAUCAUCAAGACCUCAAGAUGCUGUUUCUUUCUUGCAAUUCGCAAUUUCAAAAGGAAAAGUCCUCAAAAAUUCCAGAAUUAUUUUCAAUGCGAUAACCGCUAUCUGGAAUUCCUUCUUUUCCAGACAAGAACCAGCGAGAUCAACAGAAUUCGUUGAUGUUGUUGGAGAUUGCGUCACUACUUUGUUUGAACUCGAUUUCGAACCAGCAAAGAAAAUGAUUGGACAAAUUGUUAAUUAUUUCGUCCAAAUUUUACUCGAAAUCUGCACAGAACCUCCUCCUGCUUCACAAGCAUCUGUUGCAGCCAAUGCACAAAACACUCAACAAGCAGCAGCAAAGAAGAAAGGUCCAACAUUGGAUGCAACAAAACAAAAACAACUGAAAUUGGCUGAAGACACAGCUCUUAAAGCUUUACCAGUUGUUUCAAGCAUAUAUGAGAAGAAAGCUCUUGUUGACAGACUCGUUGAGAUAUUCGCAAGACGAAACGCUCUUCCGCCAAACCAAUCCGAUCCAGAAACAUCAAUUUUGGUCCAACUCGCAACGAUAAUGAAUGAAAAAGUUCAACACAAAAGUGAAACAUUAUCGUCGAUUUACUCAUCAUUGCAGAACCUUUCAAGUCCAGCAUUAUAUGCAAUAUUGAGUGAGAGAUCUAAUAAACUCGACUUAGGACAAUUAACAAUUGAUUCUGCCACAAAAAUGUUGGAAUUAACUCCUUCCCCGAAUAACCCUGAUGAAUUAUAUUACUGUGGAUUGGCGAGAUUCACAAGAGGCUUUGCUUAUCUUAAAUUGAUACAACCAGACUUACAAGAGUUUUCUUGCCAGGAUAAACUGAGAGUUGAUGCAGCAAAUGACUUCUUAAAUGCUGCAAUUAACUUCAGUCAAGCUCAAAACAUUGAUAACGCGAAAUUGAGUUUGUCUUUCUUCUGUUCAACAAUUUCUGAUGGUGAAAACUUCCCGAAGUUCAGACAAUAUCUAUCAGAAAUACUUCCAGAAGCUUUGUCAUUGACGAAACAGAUACAAAUCGGUGAUGAUAUGAGAGUUUCUAUAUUUAGAAUAUAUUUACAAGUUUUGAUUGACCAAAAAGAUUGGACACAAUGCAGAAAACUUAUUCACGAUGCAAUUACAAGUUUAGAUAAAAAUGUUCAUAACCAGUUAUGGGAACUAAACUUGAUUGUCACUGCUAAUGCUGAUUGUUCUAAAUCUCAAACACCUUUAAUCGAUGAAAUGUUGAGAGUUAAACAACUCGGAGAUUCCAAAUAUCAAAGCCGAUUAUGGACAUUUGUUUCUGAUUUAGCAACUGAUUGCGAUGUUAAAAGAACAGCUUUGAUGAAGGCAGAAGAAGUUCUUAAAGAGAACGACAUAACAGAAAGAUUUAGAACAGCUAUGAAUUUCGCAAAAUGGCUUGAAACACAAGAUGAAAAGAUCGAAGUCAUUGAAGAAGAACUGACAAAAGCGAAAGAUGCAGCUCUUUUAGAAGAAAACAAUUUGUUCCAAACACAAAGAUUGUUUGAAAUUGAUUUGUUUAGACUGAAAACAACAAAGGAUAUUUCGAUCUUCAACGAAAGCUCAAAUAAUAUCAUCAAAACAAGUGAAUCUUUCUGGCAAACAAUAGCUGAAAUGAACCAAACAACAAUAGAAGAAGAAGCAACACCAGAUAAAAAGAAAGGAAGUGCAAGAGCAAGUAAAAGUACCGCACAACAACAUAAAACAAACCAACCACCUCCUAAAGAAGAAACACCAACAGAUUUCAAGCAAAUUCCUUCAAAUAUUGCUCAAUGGCAAGAACUGAUGAAACAAGUUGAUAAACACAAAUGUCCUGAAUUUGAAAACCCUUAUGAUUUCGCAAACAUGAUUCUUGAAGCUGUUCAAAUCAUCCAAUACACAGGAAAUGAAUAUAAUUUGAUGACAUUGUGGUACAUUGUUAUGUUGAUAUCAAAGAUUUUGAUACACAACAGCAGAUUGGAACAAAUCAUUUAUAUGUCGUUCUUGUUGUUCUUGGAUAGAUUGGAUCAGGUCAGUACAUUGCCAUAUGACCAAGAUUUCGGAAUUACUGAUAGCGAAAGAAUGGAAUGGAACCAAAAAGUUGAAAGAUAUCAAUCAGAUCCUCCUUCUGAAUUACUACCAUUAAGAAAAACAUUGUUAAGACAAUGCUUCCUUCUUUUGGAACUUGGAGAUAUAAGACCUGCAUUGACAAUUGCUGAAGCAGCUUUAUCACAAGCUGAAGAGCUUCAAGACACGCAAACAAUGUCUGAAGCAAACAUUUGUUUGGCAAUUAUCAAUAUCAGAUCAGGAAAUCUCUCCAAAGCUGUUGAAAAAUUACAGUGUGCAGCACCUGAAGAAGGAAUGCCAUUAGAUAAUUGGUUGCAUUGGUUCUCAACAGCUUUCACAAGUCAUGAAGAAGAGAAUAGAAGUGCUUUCGUUCACGCGAUGAUUGACAAAUUCGUUGAUUCUUGUGUCAAAGAAGAUAUGUCAAUAAACGAAACAAUCAAAGUCUAUAAUCUCUAUAAAUACGCAUCAGAGUUCAUGAAUGCCGAUGAUGCUAAAGAAUUCUUCGAAUCCAUAUCAGGAAAACUCAUUCUCCCGAACUCUUUUAUUCCUUCCAUCGAUAUAAGAUUGAGUUAUUUGUCGAGAAUGAUCAAAACAGACAAAUUCCCUGCCAUCAUUUUGGAAUACAGAUCUGUUGGUCGUGAUAUGAUACAGUUCAUCAACGCAAUGGAAUCAAGUUAUGCAACUGCAUCAGAGAAAGGAGCUGAAGCAUCUAUUCCUAUCUUAAUGAGAUACGUCGAAGUCAUCAAUAUCUUUGGAACUUUAGUUGUUGGUUAUAGACCACAGAUAGAAAACAUGAGAUUAAAUGGUUUGGAUUAUGAAAUCAUUGGAAGCCAUGAUUCUAUCUUGAAUGAAUUCAUUGAUAAGGAACAAGAACCAUUAGUUGAUUUAUCAGCAACUUCGGCAAUCAUGUAUUUCAACAGUGUCCAAAAUAUCGAAGGAAUCAACAAGAGAUUGAAUGCACAUUUGGAAUUGUUACUCGGUCGUUGUUUGCAUAUCAUCGCAAAGGAUGUUGUGACAACACAAAAUGCUGUUAAAUACCUUUGGAACGCGGUCCCUCUUUUAAUAGAAUUGGAUGAAGAUAGAGAAGCUGAAGAUACAGCAAUAGAACUCCUUGGAAUCCUCAAAGGAAGUGAUCCGGCAGGUUCUGUUCAGAUGUUUGUUUCUGGACAGAAUUCACGUGCUUAUUUAAGAAGAUUCGAUCAACUCGAGAAGAAUACUCCACCAGAAAACAGAGAAAGAUUGUUUGUUGAAGAAAAUAAGAGAUUAUCAUUCAAAUUCCACAGACCAGAGAUUUCUCCUUUGUAUGUUAAAUGCCAGAGAUUCCUUAAGGAAGUUCCAAGUAUCACUGCUCUUUUGAAAGCUCAAUUUGACAUCGAACAAUUCAGAAAAGUUUGCACGGAAAAGAAAUUGUUCGCUUUGGUUGUUGACAACACUUCUCAGAACGAAAACAACUUGAUUGGAUCUGUUAUUGCUUAUAGCAAUGAAAAGGAUAUAAUCGAGCAAGAGUUGUUGAAGUUAGACUUGGAAACAAUCGCUUACAAAGUUGAAAUAUUUAAGCAAAUUAUCGCUCCUCCGAAAAAGGCUGCUGAGACACCGGCCAAUGAAGGGGGUGAUGAUAAAAAGAAGGGGGGGUCACCACGCGGUGGAAAAGGAAAAGGAAAGAAAGGUGAUAAAGGAAAGGCCCAAGAACCACCUAAACAACCUGUUCAGCCACAGCAAUCGCAGGACUUAGGCGCUAUUGCUGGAAAAGUUACAAAUCCAGAGUUCAUUGAAUUUAUUGACAAAUUAACUAAGUCUUUCGAGCCGAUUGUUGCCAAAUUCCCAGAGGGCUGCGAAAGUAUCCUCCUUGUUUCAUCCAUCCCACAAUUCCAUACGAUUCCUUUCUCUGCAAUUCCGGCAUUUUCAAAGUAUCAGGUCAUGUAUCACGAUUAUUCAAUCAUUUCUGCUAUGGCUCGUAAAGAAAUGGUCGUUAACCUUAGCAAGGAUACAAUUUAA